UAACAGAAGCUAAAGAGGAAAGAAAAGACCAUAUCACUGCUGAGAAUCUUGGAUAAAAGGACAUUCACUCCUCUUCUCUCUUUGCCUUUGCGCUCCUCAAAAACAGAGUACCCUACACACAAUAUCAGAUAAGCAGAGAGAGAAUAUUUCUGUGCGUGCACCUGCAGAUGGCUCGGAGCUCCACAAGAAUCAAAUGGGUCUCCAUCUUCACUCUUCUCAUCCUAUCCCCCUUGGCCGCCUUCACAACCUUUGCAGAAGAUGGGCUAGUGGCGAAUGGAGAUUUCGAGGCUACCCCAUCCAAUGGGUUCCCUAACGAGGCGAUAGUAGAGGGCCCCAGCGACGUCCCAAAUUGGAAAUCAAACGGCACCGUUGAGCUUGUGGAGUCUGGGCAAAAACAGGGUGGGAUGAUCCUCAUCGUACCGCAAGGUAGACACGCGGUGAGGCUGGGCAACGACGCGGAGAUCAGCCAGGAAGUACCGGUUGAGAAAGGCUCUAUUUACUCGGUCACGUUUUGUGCGGCUCGCACGUGCGCCCAGCUGGAGUCCAUCAACGUGUCGGUCGCACCUGCAUCGCAGACCAUAGACCUGCAGACACUCUACAACGUCCAGGGCUGGAAUCCUUACGCGGUUUCUUUCAAUGCGGAUCAAGACACGUUCAGGUUGGUAUUUAAGAAUCCCGGCAUGGAGGAUGACCCCACUUGUGGCCCCAUCAUUGACAACAUUGCUAUCAAGAAGCUUUUCACACCUGAUAAGCCCAAAGACAACGCAGUGAUGAAUGGAGAUUUUGAAGAAGGUCCAUGGAUGUUCAGGAAUACUUCACUGGGCGUUUUGCUUCCCACAAACUUGGAUGAAGAAACUUCCUCACUGCCCGGUUGGAUAGUGGAAUCGAACAGAGCCGUGCGCUACAUUGAUUCUGAUCAUUACUCUGUCCCACAAGGCAAGAGAGCCAUUGAGUUGCUCUCGGGGAAGGAAGGCAUCAUAUCCCAAAUGGUUGAGACCAAACCUGACAAGCUAUACAGCUUGACCUUCUCAUUGGGCCAUGCUGAUGACAAAUGCAAGGAGCCUCUUGCUGUCAUGGCCUUUGCCGGUGACCAGGCUCAAAACAUUCAUUACACUCCCAAUUCCAAUUCCACCUUCCAAACUGCUAACCUCAAUUUCACUGCCAAGGCUGAGAGAACCAGAAUUGCUUUCUAUAGCAUAUACUACAAUACCAGAAGUGAUGACAUGAGUUCUCUAUGUGGGCCUGUUGUGGAUGAUGUCAGGGUUUGGUUUUCUGCCUCCAAUGGGCUUCCUGGCUUGGGCUUUGUAAGGCUUGGGCUUGGGAUUUUGGCUUUAGUUUGGCUUCUCGUGUAAAAGGGUUUCAUUUGCUCUUGCUUUAUUUAUCUCUAAUAGGUUGUUUUGGGUUGGGGGUGAUAGGUGAAGUCACAUUCUCCACGUCAACAAUGUUGUAUGUGAACUGGCCUCAAGUUUAUAGUUUAUAGUUUAUGCUAUGUGAGAAAUGAAAAUGUCUUAGCUUUGUCAUUCAUGUUUUUUCGCUGGUGAAGACUUUCUUUUUUCUUUUAUAGGAAAAGAAUGCGACUAAAAGUCUUAGGUUGAUGCUUAACUGCAUCUCUGGUAUUCAAUGAAUCUAUCCUAGGUACGAUGGUUGAUACAUCGAACGUGGUA